AUAAAACCACACCAGAGCGCCCUGUUACAAAAAUUGAAAAACCUACUACUGAUGUGGAAGAUCAAAGCAGCCCCAGAGAAAAUGAUCAAAAUAAAAUUGAAACCGAGAAUCAAUUCGUCAUCUGUACUGAUACCGCGCAACUACCAGCUAUUAACGCAAACCGAUUAAGUAUGAAUAUGACAUUAAAGUGGCUGAGUGAAAAUGGAUUGGCAAGAAAAGUGGCUUUUGAAAUAAAUAAUGACAUCAAACAGAACAUCGUUGGCCCUCUGAGCUCAGUAAUCAAAGAUCUACAAAUGACUGGAGCCAUGACUAUUGAGUGUAGACAGGCUCUUGACACUAUGCUUGAUAGUUAUGAUUGUACCUCAGAGUACAAAUGUAUACAGCAGCUGAAACGAGAUGGUUUAUACGAAGACCCGACCUUUUUCCAUAUAAGUGAGGAACCUCUGCCAUUAUCCGAUCCGCGCUACAAGGGAGAUGAGCUAAUUCAAGGUGCGCUAAUGCCUGUUAAGUUUAUGCUACGAACGUAUUUAGAAAGAGAUGGUGUAUUCGACAUGAUUAUUAACAGCUUGAAGCUAUCGAGUGAUGGACUGAUCCGAUCGCUUAUUGAUGGUUCGAUUUGGCAGGAGAGAACUGCAAGCAUGUGUUGCAGAACCGUGAUUCCCAUAAAUAUCUAUUUCGACGAUUUCACUACAAGUGACACAUCCUCUUGUCAUUCCAAAGCAACUUCCAUUUGCGCCGUUUAUUUGAAUAUACCAUGUAUGCCAGCUUACCUACAAGGAAAAUUGAACAAUAUUUUAAGCGUAGGAUUCAUUAAAAGCCAGGAUAGGAAAAAAAUGAACAACGAUAAAACACUAUCCAAAUUGAUCGAUUUGUUGGUAGAUUUAGAGGUUGAAGGCAUCACAGUAAGAAUAGGUGACCAGGACCAAAAGGUGUUUUUUGUUCUUGGAUUUGUACUUGGUGACAACUUAGGUGUGAAUGGGAUUCUAGAUUACGUUGAAAGCUUCAGAGCUAACUUUUUCUGCAGAGUGUGCAAAAGAAGAAGAACUCAGACGGAGGUAGACACAAAAGAAUACCCGGAUGUUUUUCGUACGAUAACUAGUUAUGAACAUGAUGUUCAAUUGGCGACAGUCUCAGAAACAGGCAUCAAAUCUCCUAGUUGCUUCAACAAAAUUCCAUCAUACCACGUCACACACAACUUUGUUUUCGAUAUUAUGCACGAUAUCUUUGAAGGGGUAGCAAUUUAUGAUCUUCAACACAUGUUAUACUAUUUUAUUUAUAUCAAACAUUACUUUAACGUCAGUAGCUUCAACGAGAGAAAAAAUGCUUUCAUUUAUGGAAGUCAACACUCUGAUAACAUUAUUCAUGACAUCCAAGAAUAUCAUAUAAAACUAAAAAAAUUGAAGUGCACUGCCAGUGAAAUGAAAACAUUGAUUACGUUCCUUCCUUUACUUGUAGGUCCUUUAAUACCAGAAUUUGAUGAAGUUUGGCAACUAGCAUGUGCUUUAGUAAAAAUCGUACAUAUUACUCUGUUAAGAGAAGUGCCUUAUGCUUUAGUGAAAGAAUUGAGAUCUUUAAUUGAUUAUCAUCAUCACCAAUAUGUGAAAUUGUUCAAAGACACUCUCAAGCCAAAGCACCACAACUUAGUGCACUAUCCCACCGCAAUUUUAAAAGGUGGAGCUCUUAGGUCACAUUGGUCUAUGAGAUUUGAGGCUAAGCAUCGAGAACCUAAAGCAUAUUGUAAAAUUAACAGCAAUCGUAUUAAUAUGUGCUCUUCCAUAGCCAUUAAAGCUAACUUCAAAUUUGCGUAUAAUUGCCUAAACAAUAACUUCGUUUUUCCUAAAUUUACAUACGAUAAAAGUCAGGUAUAUAUAAACCGAUUCAAACCAGAACAUCAUCAGUGUAUUGAUUUCGAUUUGUACAAUAUUAAUCGAGAAUCGGUCAGAUUUUUGAAACAUUUUGUGAAGUGUGAAACUUUGUAUAACAGAGGAUCGGUUUUUAUUACUAUUCGGAAGGAAACAGCUAAUAUUUUCAAAAUAAUAGAAAUUUUCCUUAACAAUGAUAAUAGAAUACUUAUCCUAUGUGACAAAUUUAAAUUUGUUAAAUUUAACGAACAUUUGCAGUCCUACGAGCUAAAUACACAAACAACAACUGUUUUAGUAGACAACAUUGAAACAUGUGAGUCAGAGCGCAUUAAUUUACAUGAUGUUGAUGGAACUAUGUAUAUGCGACUGUGUAACUAUUACAAUACGUGAAUAGACUUUGUUAACUAGUUAUAGUAUGUACAGUAUUGGACAUUACAUUUGCAACUUUUUAGAUUUUACAUAUAAAAUUUGGUAGGCUGAGGCUCAGUUA